AUGGCUGGUCCAUCUAAUGCAAAAGGAUCAACUUACAUUCAAGUAGAUGUUCAUUACGAUGGAAUGUUUUCCCCCAUUCAUCAUCUUAUAUACUACCUGAAUCAAAAAACGUCAAUUACAGAUGUCGAUUUUGGUGGAUUAAAUUUCAAAGAGUUCAUUUAUGUUCUUGAGGAUGUCACAAAGGGGAAGUGUCCUGUUGUCUACUACUGUCUUGGGCAUAAGUCAAUGCGUGAUGAGGAAGAAAAGGAAGAAAAAAGUGUUGAUAGUGAAAGCUCUGAUGAAGAUAAAGACUCGGUUAUGUCUGAUGCUCUAUCUGUUGAUCAUGAACCCGAUGAAGAGGUAAUACCAUUGACUAAAUCUGAUGAUCCCUUUCUUAACUAUAUUAGUGUUGUCCCUAGAGAUGAUUUUGUUGAUGAGGAUGAUGAUUCAGAUAAUGGAACCAAAGAAGCCCCAAUUUAUCCUUUUCAUGACUCAACUCAGAAAUGGGAUACAAUGCAACCCAUCCUUGGUAUGAGGUUUUGUAACCCUCAAGAACUUAAACAGCUUAUCUCAAACUAUGCAGUAGCAAACGGUUUUAACCUUUGUGAAAAGUCAUUCCAAAUUAAGUCCUUACGUAAUGAGCAUAACUGUGCUAGAACCUUCAAGUUUGGGUCAGUUGUUUCUUACUCAUGGAUAGGGAAACAUUUUGUUAAUGAUAUUUUAGAAAAUCCCAAAAUGAGUUGCAGGGAAAUGAGGGAUAAAGUUGGGGAAAUUUUCAAUGUGAAGGUUAGUGUUGGACAAUGCAGGAAUGCAAAGAAGUUUGCACUUAAUGAGAUCGAAGGCAGUUUGAACACACAUUAUGAAAAAUUAUGGAGUUAUGGAGCUGAGAUAUUAAGAGCUAAUCCAGGGUCAACAGUGAAAAUUGGGACGGAUACAAUGCCUGAUUCCACAAUUUAUUUUUCUAGGAUGUAUGUUUGUAUCAAAGGUGUAAAGGAUGGUUGGAUUGAAGGAUGCAGGAGGGUUAUAGGUGUAGAUGGUUGCUUUUUAAAAGGUAUUUGCAGAGGUGAGCUUCUUUCAGCUGGUCUUAUUGAGGCUGUUAAAGAAAGAUUACCAGAUGCUGAGCAUAGGCAAUGUGCUAGGCACGUCUAUGCUAAUUUCAAGAAAAAAUUUAAGGGUGCUGCAUAUAGGAAGCUUUUUUGGAGGGCUGCAAAGGCCACAACUGUGCAGAGGUUUGAAGGUAUAAUGAAAGAGAUUAGGGUGAUUGAUAUACAAGCAUAUGAUCACUUGAUGGAAAGAGAUCCAAAAUCCUGGUCUAGGGCUUUUUUUGUAUUGGAUAGGUCUUGUGAUGCCAUUGAGAAUGGUAUUUGUGAAUCUUUUAAUGCUAUAAUUGUGCAUGCUAGGAAAAAGCCGAUUAUAACAAUGUUAGAGGAAAUUAGGAGGUAUUGGUAUGUAAUUCCCAGUGGAGUGCAACAAUUUGAGGUGAGGUCAGUACAUGAGGUUUAUGCUGUGUACUUGAACCAAAGAACAUGUGCAUGUAGAGGAUGGCAACUAAGCGAAAUGUUUGGAAAUUGCUAUAAGUAUACAAUUAAUCCUUUAAAUGGAAGUGAAAUGUGGCCAUCUUGGGAAGGUCAACCUAUGUUGCCCCCGAAACGUAAAAGAUUACCUGGCAGACCUAAAGUCAACAGGAAGAAGGCUGCUUCAGAAAAAGAAGGUCGACAUACUAUUAGCAAGAAAGGGGCUAUUACAAAAUGCAGCAUCUCUAGAGAACCAGGACACAACAAAAUAACAUGUCCACUGUCCAAAAAAGGACCAAGUACUAAAGCCAAAAAGAAGAAGGGUAAACAUGUUCCUAAUGUUGAGGAUGAGUCUGAAUUUAAGAUUGAAGAGAUGGCUGAAGUUGAAGAUGAGUAUCAAUCUGAGUUUGAAUCUGAGAUUGAAGAGCUGGCUAAAGAUGGUGAUGAACCUGAUCAAGGACAAGUUGAUGAACAAAUUGUUGAAGCUGCUGUUGAAGCUGUUUUUGAACCUGAUCAGGAACAAGUUCAUGAACCUGAUCAGGAACAAGUUCAUAGACCUGUUGUUGAGGAACCUGCUGCACAACCCGUUGUUGAAGUUGAAUAA